UGCAUUCAUCCGCUCUUCACGCCGAUAGCGACCGUAUCACUCACUUCCAGCCUCGUUGUGGCGCAGCAAAUAGCUCGCCGCACCUCCACGCCCGUCUCCGCGGCCGCCGCGGGCACCUAUGCUGCCCUGGUACCAGCAGGCUAGGGUCCUGCGCAAGCUCACAAUAAGCGCGACGGGCUUGACCGCGUUCGUGUGCGUCCUCCACGCGGACUACGGUGAGAAGCCGCACGCCUUUAGUUGGUUGCAAUCGUACUACCGGGCCGAGGUCGUCGAGCCUUUACAACGGCAGUACGCGCGCUUAACAAAGAAGGAUGACUAGGCCGGACAUGGUCUCCGUGCUAAGCCAAGGCGAGAGUAACUGUGGGAGAAAAGCUUUGAGGGAUCUGAAGUGGCGCCAGCGCCAGACCGGGAAGACGAUGUAUGAGCUCGAGAUCAAUGCCGACCAUACUCUGGUACUACAACAAAACCUCGCCUCGGAAAAUGAUGGAACGGGCACGGGCGGCACGGUCUGGCCGGCGGCGCACAUGCUCGCGCGGUACCUCGCGAAGAGGCGCUUUCCUAGUGGAUGGACGUGUCUAGAUCUAGGUACUGGCACGGGCGCCGCCGGGUUAUCAGCGGCUGCGUUGGGCGCCUCGAAGGUCGCCCUCACGGACUUGAGCCACGCGCUGGACAUGGCGCGUGUUAAUGUGGAACGGAACGAUAGCAAUGCUGAAGUUUUUGCGCUGGACUGGUCAAAUCCGAGAGAUUCGGAGGCCUUCGAUCUCGUCCAACAGUACGAUGUCGUGCUCGCGGCGGAGUGUAUCCUACCAAAGUUGUACCCGCUGGAGCCCUUCGUUGGUUGCCUCGAUAAUGUGAUUGGUCCUUCGACCGAAGCUUUAGUGGCUGUGGAGCUAAGGACGUGGCACGAGUUCGAUCCUAAAUCAAGGUUCGUGGAGUUAUGCGCUUCGCAAGGUCUGAGAGUGGAGACAAUCACCGAAGGUCUGGACCCUGACUUCAUAGCGGACGACCUCGAGAUUUGGCGCGUGACGCGCGGCGCAUCCACAGAAAAGCAGCACGACUGGGUCCAGGUGACGAAGUGGGACGCGGAUGAAGUAAGGCUGGACUGCGAUCUCAAAGAGGGGCGCUUUUCUGUUUCUCACGUCCAGCAGCGGAACAUUUCGGAGCGGACGUGGCCGUCGUCGAUCGCUUCGAGUCGGGCCGUCGUGACGGGGUUUUGGGACAUUAAUAGAGGUGCGCGCGUGCUGGAACUUGGCUCAGGUGGCGGCCUCGCGGCCUGCGUGCUGGCUCGAUUGGGGUGCGUAGUCACGGCGACGGAUUUGCCGGCGAAUCUCCCUCACUUGGAAGCGUCCUUAGCAAGGAACGGCGUCCUCGCCAAGGUCCAGGUGCGUCCCUUAGAUUGGAGCCAGUCUCCUGCAAGUGUCGUGCCGUUCCUGGACGAAAGGUGGGAUGUCCUGCUGCUCAACGACUGCGCCUACGACGCGGGCGCUUGCGUGCAUCUCGCGCGGACCGUCGCCGCCUUGUGCUACGCGAAUCCCCGAAUGCAAAUUUUGGUAGCGAACGAGCCGCGGACGGCCCUCGAGGCCUUUUUGCGGGCGCUGGGCCGCUUCGACUGGUGCCCGCUGUUGGCGCCGUGCCUCGACGCGUCGUCGGCACUCUGGCACGUGGACUGUUUGCCUCCUUCCAGACAGCCGUGUGCGGCCGUGGCGUUGUACCAGAGCUGACACCGACGCGACGUCUCCUCGACGGCGUGGCGGCGCACGGCUUGUACCAGAGCUGACCCGCGCCGUCGACGCGACGUCGUGGAGAGUAAUUCCCAGGA